AUGGAGGCUCCGGUGUGCCUGGUUGAGAACAAGAAAAAUCGCCUCCGUGUCUCUUCGGAGGGUCUCCAGUUGCUCUCGGACAUCCGGAAUCCGGUGGUGGUGGUGUCCAUCGUGGGACUCUACCGCACGGGAAAGUCCUACCUGAUGAACAAGCUGGCUGGCAAAAAUUCAGGCUUCUGUUUAGGCUCCACAGUGCAAGCAAAAACGAAAGGAAUCUGGAUGUGGUGCGUUCCCUAUCCAGAUAGGCCUAAUCAAACCCUUGUCCUUCUGGAUACUGAGGGAAUAGGUGAUGUGGAAAAGGGCAGCUCUCAAAACGAUGCCUGGAUCUUUGCUUUGGCCGUGUUGUUGAGCAGCACCCUGGUCUACAACAGUCUGGGGACCAUUGAUCAGAGUGCAUUGGACAAGCUUCAUUUUGUGACGGAGCUGUCUGAAUAUAUCAAGGCAAAGGCUUCCUCCACUCCUGGAGAUACAGACGACUCUUCCGAAUUUGUCGGCUUUUUCCCAAUGUUCCUCUGGACGGUGCGAGACUUCGCACUGCAGCUGGAACGGGACGGGCAAUCCAUCACGGAGGACGAAUAUCUGGAACACGCUCUGGAAUUAAAAAAAGGUAACAGUCAGAAGGAGCAGAUAUUCAAUCUGCCACGGAAAUACAUCCGACUAUUUUUCCACACCCGGAAAUGCUUCGUCUUUGAUUGCCCUACUAAAAGUAGGAACUUGCCCUAUCUGGAAAAGAUGGUGGAUAAUCAGCUGGAGCCUGAAUUUGUGGAACAAACAAAGAGAUUUUGUCGUUAUGUCUAUGCGACAUCCCAAGAAAAGACUCUUCCAGGCGGACAUGUUGUCACUGGCAACUUAUUGGCAAAGAUGGUUGAGACCUACGUGGAUACUAUCUCUAGUGGGAAUAUUCCCUGCCUGGAGAACACAGUCUUGGCGUUGGCCGAGAUUGAGAACAGGGCAGCCCUGCAGGAAGCUGUUGCUCGCUAUGCGCAACUGAUGGACCAUAGCUUGCCGCUACCCACUGAUAGUCUUCAGGAACUUCUGGACAAACAUAAAAUAUGUGAGGAACAGGCUCUCCAGAUGUUCAUGGCUCGUGCUUUCAAGGAUGAUACACGUCAGUUCCAGGUUGAACUCAUGAAAACUCUGGAUAGCAAGAAAGAAGAGUACUGUCAGAAAAAUAAAGAGAAAUCCUCCGAAAUCUGUUCAGCUUUAUUAGCUUCACUAUCUGAGGGCCUGGAGCAGAAUAUCAAGAACGGAAGCUACUCCCGAGCUGGUGGCCACCAGGAAUUUCUUAAUGACCUCCAGAAAGUGGAGAAACAAUUCUUUGAUACGCCUAAGAAAGGAAUCAUGGCAUGGAAGAUCCUGAAAAAAUUCCUCCGGGGCAAGGAAGACAUCAGCAAAGCCAUCCUUCAAAAUGACAUAGCCCUUCAAAUGAAGGAGAAGGAAAUAGCAGAUGAAAAGAUGAAGGCCAAAGCCAAAGAACUAGAGAAGGAGGUUCAGAAGCAGGAAAAAGAAAUGUCAAAACAGAAAUCGGCGGACCACAAACAGAGUCAGGACAUGAACUUUCAUAUGCUGAAGAAGAAGAGGCUGGAAGAAAAGAAGCAGAGGCUGGAAGAGUACGAGAAGAUGAUCGAAAGCAAACUCAGGGAGCAGAAGGCUUUAUUGGAAGAGGGUUUUGAGAAGGAGGCGAGCCAGCUGAACGAGGAGAUCGAGGAGCUUAGGAAGAAAAAGGAAGAGGUGGAAAAACCAAGUUGGAUCUCCUCAGCGUUGGAAAACCUGAGGACUGCGAUCCGUGAAAAAUUAUCGAAAAUUCACGAUCAGGUUGUUGAACCGAUUGUAGACCGCUUCAAAACUCUAGCCCACAGUAGAAGUUCAAAGGACUGA